GACGCUUUAUGGGAGGGACUUGCGGAGUAAACAGACGACGGCGGCGCCUGUGGACUGUGUAAGCUGCUGCCCGUCGACAUGAGCAGGCUCCAGGAUGACUACGACCCCUACGCGGUUGAAGAGCCUAGCGACGAGGAGCCGGCCUUGAGCAGUGUUUCCUCAUACCAGUGAAAGAUCGAAGGUACGGGAGAUCAGUCUGCUCUGAAGAUUUUUGUUGUAGAGAACGUAGAUACUAGAAUUCCCUGUGAGCAAGUUUCAGUUCAUGGGUCCUGUCCUUGAAAGGAGCUCUGAAGAUGAAGUGGAUGUGCUUUUACAUGGAACUCCUGACCAGAAACGAAAACUCAUCAGAGAGUGUCUUACUGGAGAAAGUGAAUCAUCUAGUGAAGAUGAAUUUGAAAAAGAAAUGGAAGCUGAAUUGAAUUCCACUAUAAAAACAAUGGAGGACAAGUUAUCCUCUCUGGGCACAGGAUCUUCCUCAGGAAAUGGGAAAGUCGGAACAGCUCCAACAAAGUACUAUGAUGAUAUAUAUUUUGAUUCUGAUUCUGAGGAUGAAGAAAAAGCCGCACAGGCAGACAAGAAAAAAAAGAAGAAACGACACAGGAUUCCAACAAACGAUGAAUUACUAUAUGAUCCUGAAAAAGAUAACAGAGAUCAAGCCUGGGUUGAUGCACAGAGAAGAGGUUAUCAUGGUUUGGGACUCCAGAGGCCACGUCAACAGCAGCCCGUUCCAAAUAGUGAUGCUGUCUUGAAUUGCCCUGCCUGCAUGACCACACUAUGUCUUGAUUGCCAGAGGCAUGAAUCCUAUAAAACUCAAUAUAGAGCAAUGUUUGUGAUGAAUUGUUCUGUCAACAAAGAGGAGGUCCUGAGAUACAAAACCUCAGAGAACAGGAAGAAAAGGUGGGGCCAUAAGAAGAUGAGGACUAACCAUGAAGAUGCUGCAGAGCAGGCAGAGACAGAAGUGGAAGAAGUCUAUCACCCAGUCAUGUGCACCGAGUGUUCCACUGAAGUGGCAGUCUACGACAAGGAUGAAGUCUUUCAUUUUUUCAAUGUUUUAGCAAGCCAUUCCUAAACAGCAAGCUGGAUUUAAUUACCUAAUACUGUACAUAAGGCAAAUGAAGACAGUUAUUUUCUUCCUGUCUAUUCAUAUCAUUAAGUAACAUUGAGUUGUUAUUUGAGGAAGCAUCAUUUUAUCCUUAUGAAAGAGAAUGGUUAUCAGCCUUCUUAUCAACCAUUUUUCCUUUAAUUUUCUCCCCAGUUCUGAUGAGGACUGAUUAUUCAUUCCCUUUUCGAUGGACAUUUGGAAACUCUGGGCUUUUUAUUUAUUAAUGCUCUUUUGAAUUAAAAUGUUCUGGAGUUAAUAA